CAAAGAUUUGUCCAAUGGGAGCGAAGAAUGCAGACUGCUGCUUCCCCUUUCACAUCAUGGCCACUGAGAAUGCUGAAGUGACCUUGCUGGAAGAAAAGGCCGGUAUGGAAGAUUACGGUCUCUUGAGCUUGCUCCUCAGCCGUGCAUCAUGCGAGGGAAGCCAACAAUACAUACGACGAGCUGACAGUGACAGGCUUCGUGAGGUCUUUGAUAAGUACGCCAGUGUACAGAAAGAUGGCAGCAAUUACAUGACACCGAAUGACUUCGUGCGAGGCUUUCUGGGCCUGUACGAGGGCCCCCAGUAUAACCAGCAGGCGGUCAACAUGCUCGGAAGCAUUCUUGACACUUCCAAAGAUGGGCUUAUUUCGUUUAUGGAGUUUCAAGCUUUCGAAGGCGUCUUGUGUCAGCCUGACGCGCUGUACAAGGCAGCCUUUCAAAUGUUUGACACGAAUGGAUCUGGUUCAAUUACACACGACGAGUUCGAAGAUAUUAUCAAGAAGACAACGUUGUAUGGAAAGAUUCCAUUUGACUUCAAGAGUGACUUUAUGACGCUACACUUUGGUGCGGACCACGCAAGGACCGUCAGUUAUGCAGAGUUUUCCCAGCUCUUACACGAUUUCCACGAGGAGCAUGCCGUCCAGGCGUUCAAGCAGUACGACAAAAAGCGGAGCGGUGCCAUCGCCGCCAUGGAUUUCAAUGACAUCAUGGUAUCGGUCAAGUCUCACCUGCUCAGCGAGGACGUCAAGAAGAACUUGGUUGCCGUUGCUGGCUCUGCCUCCGGUGGUCAUCAAGUGACCUUUCCGUACUUCAUGGCAUUCAACUCGCUGCUCAACAACAUGGAACUCGUGAAGAAAAUCUACCUCAACUUCACCAAGGGCAACUCUUCCCUCGAGGUCACAAAAGAGGAGUUCCUGUACGCAGCACAACAGAUGUCUCAGGUCACGCCGCUAGAAAUUGACAUCCUCUUUCAGCUCAGUGGCUUUCUUCAUCAAUCCACAGGGCGGGUAACCUAUGAAGACUUGGAAAGAAUAGCACCUUAUCGGCCUACCAGGUUUCUUUCAAGGCCGAUUGCUGAAGUUAAGGCAGUUAAGAGUCCUGAUGAGAGGGGCUUCGGCGUUCAAAUUCUCGAGAGUGCCUACCGGUUCACACUUGGCUCCAUCGCUGGCGCGGCCGGAGCUACGGUUGUGUAUCCCAUCGACCUGGUGAAGACUCGCAUGCAGAACCAGCGGACAGGCUCCUACAUUGGUGAGCUGAUGUACCGCAACAGCUGGGACUGUGCCAGUAAGGUGAUUCGGCACGAAGGCCUGUUCGGCCUCUACCGGGGCUUGCUGCCGCAACUGGUGGGAGUCUGUCCCGAGAAGGCCAUCAAACUCACGGUCAACGACUUUGUUCGAGACAAGCUGACCAGUGGGAAAGGAGAAAUUCCGGCAUGGGCUGAAAUAUUGGCUGGUGGAUGCGCUGGUGCUUCGCAAGUGAUGUUCACCAACCCCCUGGAAAUUGUCAAGAUUCGUCUGCAAGUUGCGGGAGAGAUUGCAUCUACGGCGAAAGUGCGGGCGUGGCAUGUCAUCAAGGAUCUUGGGAUCAGAGGAUUAUACAAGGGAUCCCGGGCAUGCUUCCUUCGAGACAUCCCUUUUUCUGCCAUAUAUUUCCCGACAUAUGCGCACUGCAAAUUAAAGUUUGCAGACGAGAUGGGCCACAAUGGGGCCGGGUCUCUGCUACUGUCUGCUGUGAUUGCAGGUGUGCCAGCCGCGUAUUUAGUGACGCCUGCGGAUGUGAUCAAGACGAGGCUACAGGUGGCUGCACGCCAGGGUCAGACCACUUACUCGGGUGUCCUGGAUGCCUGCCGCAAGAUUUGGAAAGAGGAAGGAGGACAGGCUUUCUGGAAAGGAGGACCUGCUCGAGUCUUCAGAUCAGCCCCCCAGUUUGGCUUCACGCUGUUAACAUAUGAAAUACUCCAGAGGCUGUUCUACAUUGACUUUGGAGGGAGGAGGCCAACGGGAUCGCAAGUCAAGGUCCCUGUACAGACAGGAGAGAUGAAGUCUUCCAACCCCGACCACAUUGGUGGCUACCGUGUCGCCUUGGCCACGUUCAGUGGCAUGGAGACGAAAUUUGGACUUGUUUUGCCCCGAUACAAUGUCGCCGCCUAGAGGGCGUCGACCAGAGUAGCGAAUGGACCGUUUGACUUGGCACAAAGCAUGUACACACACUUGUGAUGUAGUGUGUGUAGAAUUUGCUCAGUCAUGCAGUGGUAAAGUAGGCGAGUAAUUCUCCUAUCUGCCCCUCCCCCCCUGGUUUUAGCAUGUACAAUUAAUGCCUCAUUGUUUCAAAGAUGUUUUUCUUUUUUUAGCAACUCUUGUCUCAACCAACCUGCGUGCUUUUGAACUGAGUGUUUUGAGACUGGACUGUGCAGAGCGUGAAAAACAAAAACCAGUGGUGCUGCAAAGUUUUUAACGGCCAGUACGGGAGUGUUCUCUUUUCGGUGUGUUGUAGGGGGUGGUGUUUGCAUGUGACCAUGGUACAGGCAUGCGCUUUUUCUGUGUUCAUUAGCCAUGGGCCCUAAUGAGAUGAUCUGUACAUUGAGUGCAGGGCUGUUGUGUUCAUUCUUUAGAGUGAAGUGGUGAGGUUUGGUGGGGUUAGGAAUGUUGUUUCCUAUUUUAUCAGCACCUAAGCGUCGCCAAUGCAGUUGUUUACUAUUGCACGCUAUUGCCGUGUGUUGGAAGCUCCGAAUUUUAGCAGAUUUGUGCAAAGCUACGCCACUGGCUGACUAGCUGCUAGGUGGAGAUUUUAAGUGUUGGGACUCAUCUUGGAAAGACUGUUAUAGCGAAGUUUUUAAGAAAAAAUAGCAGUGCAAGUCUGUAUCAAAGCCUUGUGCCAUCAUGUCGUCAAACCACCCCAGGGAAAGUACCUUUUGUCUGUUAUGUAAUAGUUUGCCAUGCGAAAUACGAUGGAAAGAAUUACUUUCUCUUAUGCUUUAGCCGUCCUAGUCACACUAGUUCUUAACAUAUUGUGCCUGACAGUGGCACAAACUGUAUCUAUCCUUACUUUUGCCUAGAUUGUGUACAGUUAUUUUAAAUUCUUUUUUCUGUUCGAAUGCAGCAAUAGCACGCCAGUUUCAUCUGUACAGACGCAUUAAAAGUUGAAUGUUAUGCUUUCA